AUGAAGUCACUGAUACUGUUCACAAUCGUCGGGCUCGUGGCGGCGGACAGCCUUAACGGCUUCAACGGAAAUGGUAACGGUUACGGAGCACCUCCGCCUCCCAGCAACGGAUAUGGUGCACCCACCAACGGAUUCAACGGAAACGGAAAUGGUAACGGUAAUGGCAACGGGUAUUCGGCCCCCACCAACGGAUUCAACGGAAACGGAAAUGGUAAUGGCAACGGGUAUUCGGCCCCCACCAACGGAUUCAGCGGAAACGGAAACGGUAAUGGCAACGGGUAUUCGGCCCCCACCAACGGAUUCAACGGAAACGGAAACGGUAAUGGCAACGGGUAUUCGGCACCCACCAACGGAUUCAACGGAAACGGAAAUGGUAACGGUAAUGGCAACGGGUAUUCGGCCCCCACCAACGGAUUCAACGGAAACGGAAAUGGCAACGGGUAUUCUGCAACCACCAACGGAUUCAACGGAAACGGAAACGGUAAUGGCAACGGGUAUUCGGCACCCACCAACGGAUUCAACGGAAACGGAAACGGUUUCGGAGCCCCUGCCCCUCGCAACGGCUAUGCUCCCCCCAGCAACACCUAUGGCCCGCCCAACGGCGCCUACGGAGUAGACCCUGAGAUUGCCGCUUUGGCCGAGAACAUUCCCGGGGGCGGCGUCCCCGGCGAGGACUACCCCAUCUUGGCUUCCGUGCCCGACACCGGCUUCUCGUGCGAUGCCCAGGCGGUGCAAGGUUAUUACGCCGACACUGCAGCUGAAGCCGGCUGCCAGGUGUUCCAUAUCUGCCAGGACCGCGCCCUCAGGCGCCAGCAGGACUCGUUCCUGUGCCCCAACGGUACCAUCUUCAACCAGCAGUACCUGGUAUGUGACUGGUGGUUCAACGUGGACUGUUCUCAAGCUGAGAGCUUCUACUCCGUCAACGAACUCAUCGGAGUCGUUCCCGACGCUGGCUAUGGCUACGCUGCGGCCACCAACGGCAUCCUCAACGGCAACGGAAACGGCUACGGAUCAAACGGCAACGGCAAGAAUGGAAGCAACGGCUAUGGCUCCAAUGGCAACGAAAGCAACGGCAAGAACGGAAGCAACGGCUAUAGCUCCAAUGGCAACGGAAGCAACGGCAAGAACGGAAGCAACGGCUAUAGUUCCAAUGGCAACGGAAGAAACGGCAACGGCAAGAACGGAAGCAACGGCUAUGACUCCAACGGUAACGGUAGAAACGGCAACGGAGCCAGCAACGGCAACGGCUAUGGCGCGCCCGCCUCCCCCUCCAACUCCUACGGCGCUCCUUUCUAAGCGCGAAGCUUGCUC